GUUUAUAUUCAUCUGUUUUUGGAGUCCUUCAGCUCUUGUGUCUAUUUACCUGUCCUUUCAUUGGCUUUGUCAUGGAUUGGAAGAUGAAAGAACAUGAAGAUGAAGGGUUCAAGAUGGUUCAAAAAGUUACCAAUGCUAUCAGAGCCUUUGUGUUAACAAAUCUCAUCCUCAUCAUCUUUGGAAUUACCUGUUUAAUCAGAAACCUACAUCUACAAUUCUUCACUUUUAUCCUUCAUACAAUGGUCAGAGGUUUCAUCCAUUCAGCAUGUGGUGGAUUGUAUGCUGCAGUUUUUCCAUCUGGUCAUUUUGGCACCCUCACUGGCCUGCAAUCACUACUUAGUGCCGUUUUCGCUUUACUGCAAGAGCCUCUGUACAGAGCCAUGCUUGGACCCUGCAAUGGGGAUGGAUUCUGGGUAAACCUUGGUCUAUUGAUCUUUUCCUUUGCUGGGUUCAUCCUUCCAGGAUAUUUAAUCUUUUAUCGGCACCGCUUGCUCCAGGUUCAUUCAACACAAAAAAAGGUCCAGCUGCUGUCCAACUGCAAGAACCAAACUGUCUCAAUGGGGUGAUGGAAGGAGAGAUUACAGAGAUUACAUCUUAGGCAUGCAAUGGAUUCUGCAUUUGCCAAAGAGACAUGCUGCAAGAUAAUAUAAGGGAAUGGCCAUUUAUGUUUUUAAGUAUUUAUCAUAAAUUUUAAAAAAGGUCG